AUGGAGAUGAAGAUGGUGAAGAACGAGGAAAAACCUGGAAGGCUUCACAGAUUUGCUGUAGAUGGAGAGGCCUCUGAGGCAAGGUGUGUCAAGAGAAGAAGAAGGGACCUGGCUGCAGCUGCAGCUGCAUGUGCUUGUGAUGUGCAAGAGACCAGCCUGCAGCAGCAGCCGUCAUGCCAACAAGGUGAUCGAGCUUCUGCCCAUACCACUGUGAAGAGGAGCUCGAGAUUUCGUGGUGUCAGCAGGCAUCGAUGGACAGGAAGAUUCGAAGCUCAUCUGUGGGAUAAGCUUUCCUGGAAUCCUACACAGAAGAAGAAAGGGAAACAAGUUUACCUUGGAGCUUUCAUUGAAGAAGAAUCUGCAGCAAGAGCAUAUGAUCUAGCUGCACUGAAGUACUGGGGUACAUCAACUUCUACCAAUUUCCAGGUGUCUGAUUACGCAAAGGAGAUAGAGAUUAUGCAAAAAUUAACAAAAGAGGAGCAUUUAGCCUCUUUAAGAAGAAAGAGCAGUGGCUUCUCAAGAGGUGUAUCAAAAUACAGAGGAGUUGCUAGGCACAACCGCAAUGGGAAAUGGGAAGCCAGAAUAGGACGAGUUUUGGGGAAUAAAUAUCUCUACCUUGGCACUUACUACACAGAAGAGGACGCUGCUCGGGCUUAUGACUUGGCUGCCAUUGAGUACAGAGGCAUCAAAGCCGUGACCAACUUUGACUUGAGUACUUAUAUUGAUUGGUUGAAGCCGGGAGCAAACGCUGCACAAGAACAACAGAUGAAAAGUACAGAAUCUGAUGCACUCCCCUCCUCGAGCUUCAGUUCACAAGAUGAAUACCAGUCCUCGCUUUGUGGUAAUGCCUUUAGCACCAACAGCUUGGCAUCUCCUCAUAGGCAACAAGUAGUUGAAAGUAAAUUCCCGGUUAACUCACACACAAGAUCAUCUUCUCCCACUGCACUGGGCCUCCUCCUCCGUUCUUCCUUGUAUAGAGAAUUGGUGGAGAAGAAUUUCAGGGCAUCUGAAUAUGAAGAUGAAGAUAGAGGAAACAAGAACCAGCAAGAUGAUGAGUAUUCGGGGAUAUUCUAUGAUGGAACAGAUGAUAUCCCAUUUGUUCUCUCUUUCAACAAUCACAGUGCUCAGUUGCAAGAAGAGUUCCAUUUCAACUAUAAUCAUCCAAGUAAUCUGCUGGGAGGUGCCUCAGAAACACGCCUUCAAUUUGAUUACUGA